AUGAAUCCUAAUACAAAUGGAUCUGUUAUUUCUAACUCUAUUAGUACUCCCCAACAACCAAUUGAUAGAAGUCAUCAACAACAAAGAUAUCAACAACCACAAUACCAAACAUUCCCUAAUCAACAAGUUCCUGUUCAAUAUCAAGGACAACCAAUAUAUCAACCAAGAGUAGGAUAUCAAUCAGAAUAUAUUCAACCACAAGUACAACAACUACAAAAUAGUCUUAUGGAUAUAACUCUGUUACAAAGCAUGAUUGAACAAUAUUUACAGUUUUAUUAUACAGAUGAUGAAAUUAUUAGAGAAUUAGAAAAGAAAAGUAUUCCAACUGAAAUGACAAUUUAUAUAUUAACUAAAUUAAAAGAACAAAAUCCAAAUUAUUUUAAAGCUUAUGAAAUCCGUUUAACAAUAAAAGGUCAAAUAGCUCGUUUUAAUGAACUUAUUCAAAAACAUCUUACUGUAUCAAAUACUGUUCAACCUGAAACUACUCCAAUACAACAAGUUCCUCAACAACAAUUUACUCAAGAUAUAUAUCAAGAAAACUUUGGUGGGAGUUAUAUUUCAGGGGCAUAUCAAGGUGAUCAAUCAAUGGGAAUGUAA